UCAAUUUACCUUUUUUCAAUCAAUCAUCUUCCCAAAAUCUUACAUUUUUAGGGUUUAAUGGCCGCUUCACCACCACCACCACCGUCAUCACCGCCGUCACCGGCAACAACAAUAACCGAUCUAAACGAAGAUUCAAUAGGUCACUGCGCCACAAACUUAACUCUCCGCGACGUAUGCAAUCUGGCAAUGAGCUCCACUGCUCUCAAACGCCUCGCUUAUUCCGAUUCCGUUUGGCAUCACUUGUUCAAAGAUCGUUGGCAUAGAGAAUUAGCUGGUGGCAGUAGAACCGCGGCGGCAAGGGAAGUGUACAUUUCUAGACACAAUGAUUUGCAACAGUUCAAAUUCAGUGAUCCUUUUGUAAUCAAUAAUUUUCAAGCAAAUGCUCCUAAACCUUAUGAUCAUUUGAUUCUUCACCGAAACAAUGUUUUCUUUGCUCAGGGAUCAGUUGCAGGAAUGAUGAAUUUUGAUGAUCAUCAAAAGGGAGCAGAAGGGUUUGUCCAUACGAUUCACAAAGCGAGAAUCACUUGUAUGAGGUUGUUUUCCCUGGGGGAGCAAAAUCUUGUGGUUACCUCAAGCUGCGAUCACUCCAUUCGUUUGUGGGGGAAGGCUUCUUCUCUGCGAUGCUUGAGAGGUCACAAUGGUCCAGUGUUAUCACUAUCAAAUGAAUUAUUGGGAGACGAUGGCAGCAAAGUCUUAGCAAGUGGAGGAGAAGACGGUACUGUUCGACUAUGGUCCCUUAGUUCAAGUGGAAAAAGAGGGCAGCGUGCUCUGAAGGCUACACUCCAUGGACAUGAAAAACCUGUAAAUUUGAUAUCAGUUUCCGGGCACAAAACAUCACUUUUGGUGACGAUCUCAAGAGAUUCUAAGGUGAGGGUUUGGGAUACGACUACAUCAUCAUCUGUUCGCUCGUCAUGUUGUGUGGGAACGACUUCUGUUCCUGGCACACCUAUAAACAUGAAAUGCCAUGAAUCAUUGUUGUAUGUGGCAUCUGAUUCCACUGUCACUGCAGUUGAUUUAAGGACAAUGCAAAGAGUUAUCACAGCAGCUGUCCAUCAACCGAAGUUGUAUUCAUUCGGCAUUGCCCCUUCAAAAUCUUUAUUAUGCACAGGCGGCGAUGGCAGAGCAAUGCUUUGGGAUAUUAGGAGAAAUCAAGAAUUGUUAAAGCCAAAACCGAUAGCCGAGUUAGACGGACAUUCUGGGCCAGUAACUAACGUGCACAUGGAUUCAUACAAAAUAGUUACUGGUGGUCCUGAUGAUGCUUAUGUAAAUGUAUGGGAAGUUGGGACUGGUGAACAAACAAAUUCAUUGCUUUGCUGUUUAUCUGGUUGCGAUGCUAUGGCAGUAGAUGGGUGUAGAAUCAUCACUGCUGGUUAUUGUGAUCGUUCGGGUCAUUUAAUCUAUAGGGACUUCAACAACGCUACAAGUCCUGUUACCAAACUAGAAAAUGAGCCACCAACUUCAAAAUUUUGGGAUUCUCAGUCUGAUGAUAAUAGUGAUGAUGACUGAUAUGUGAAUAAUCUUGGUGGCUCCCAAAUUGGUAUAUAGUUCAAUAUAUUUCUUUCACUUUGUUUUAUAUGGCAUUCUUGUAUUUAUGUUUAUCCUAAAUUAUAUAGAGAGCAACUUUCACCACUUCCUACAUUUCUAAAAAAUAUAUAUUUAGAAGUGUAUUUUUGAAUGACAUAUUUUGUCAAUGUAAAAUUUAUGUUCUUUUGUCCA